GCUGCACGAAUACUCGGAGAACUACGCGGCAGCGUUGCUGGAUAGCGCCGAGAAGGCAGGCGGGCAACACGGCGAUCAUCACGUUACUCUCACGGAAAACACCUUCGCAGCCGGAAUCAAUCUCGGAGACGGUCACCUGCCCGUUACCGCCGCGGAGUUCCCCGGUGGGGAGGAGCCCGGCGGGCUUUUCGACCAACUGGACAGUGAUGGUGACGGAAAAAUUGAAGAGAACGAACUGCCGGCCGACGUAGCGUAUCCGUAUCAUCCUGUUGAUCCCGCAAACGAACCGGAAGGAGGAGCUGGCUCCUCGUCAGGUUCGGGUGGAACUACUGGUGGUGACUCCGCAAACACGGCAUCCAACUCGGGAGGCAAUGGUGAAUUAUCCGCAGGCGCGGAAGCGGAGCAAGCGGCUGGCAGCUCGGGAGGCCAUGGUGAAUCCGCAGGCGCGGAAGUGGAGCAAGCGACUGCCAGCUCGGGAGCCGAGGGGGAAUCCGCAGGCACGGAACAUGAGGCGAAAACUGCUACUCCCGCAAACGACCCGGGAGGAGAAGCUGGCUCCUCGUCAGGCUCGGGUGGAACCGGUGAUGACUCUAGACAGUCGUUGCACAUCGGCACUGACGGUCUUACCAGGGCGCAGAAAGACGCACUACACCUUGGACCGACGCAAACCCCCGACGAAGCCAAGGCUCUGCUGAAAGCGGCAGCGGAUCUGAAAAUCGACGUCAGCGACGGGACGAUUACCUCUGAGGAGUUAAAGCAAGCACUGCACACCGAAUCCGAAAGUGAUAUGGGACACUCAAACGUUACAUUCUCAACUGUUACAUGAAUUUGUCAUGCAAAAGCACCUUAAGCUGGCAGAUGAUCAGGCUGCUUCGCAUGACAAAUUCCGCUUGGGCUAAACAACAUCUAAAUCUGCAGCAAACUUGUAAUGCCACGGGCGCAGUCUUCCUCCUUUCACCUUUGCCAGUCUUGUAUUAGUAACUACAGUUGAGAAUGUAACAUUUGAGAACUCCAUAAGUGAAGCCGCAAAACUUUUCGCCGAGCACGUGCAGGCCCGCUGGCUGGACGAAAACGCGGGCGGGGAUGAGGUGUUCGGGACCACGGGUAGCGGCGUUGACGAGCAUGCCGCUAUUGGGGACGGUCAUGAUCCGAUCGAGAAGACCGAGUGGCACGGGGGAGACGAGGUCUUCGCAGCCGCGGACACGGACAACGACGAAACAAUAGCCGAGGAUGAACUGGCCCAGCUUCGGUACAAACAGCGAAUGAACCAGAUGGGACUCGACGUUUCGAAGCCCUUUCCGGUACCCGGCACCCCGGCGUACGACGCCCUGUCGCCGGACCAAAAGGAUGCGCUGGAAAAGACAGCAGAUGACACGUUCCCCAACACCGGCGAAGGGACGGGCGGCGAGGAGAAAAUAGCCAAACUGGCAAACGUUUUCCGACCGGGCGGCGGCGAGACAGGUAAAAGCGCAGCUCGUGCGGUACAUUUUUACACGGACAACAUUUUUGCGGAGCUCCGGACCCACGACGGGGGCAAGGAGGAAACAUUAAACCUAUCCGCCAAAGACGUGGAGGAGCUUGGGGACGGCAAGCUGCCGCUCACGGCAGCGGAGCUCCCGGGCACACACCGGGACAGCGAGGGCUCGUCCACACUGUACGAUACAUUCAAAACUCAGGACCAGAACGGCAACGGUCAGCUGGAUGCAGAGGAGAUGUGGUGGAAGGACGGAACGCCUCCGGCUUCCGUCAGGAACCAUGACUGGGUCGCGGCCGCGGUCGGCGACAAUUCGCAGGCGGGGCCCGCGAAAACGGUUUACAAAGAUGAGGCGAACGCGGUGUUCGAUGUGCUAAAUAAAAAGUUUGACCUACCGGACUCGUUUACCCCCGAGCAGUUGAGGCAGGCAACGGGCGCGUCGACAGACGAAGCGGCGCAGAAAAUUUUCCUGGACAGUAUGCAGGACACGUGGACUGCAAGGGUCACCGGCGAUGACGAUAACGGUUUGUUCAACAGUGCAGAGGAGCUGCAGCGGGUCGGCGACCACCAUUUGCCCAUAGAGCAGGCGGAAUGGCACGGCGACCCGAGCGUUUUUGCGGCCGUCGCCGACCCGGAGACGCACCAAACCGAAGGCACAAGUGCUGCCACACUGGACAAGCUGCAGGACGCGCAGCAGAGUGUGGAUGCGGGCUUCGUCCUCGAUGAAUCAGUCUCGCCACCGACCUGGAAAGCUCCGGUGGACGGCACACCCGCGGCGGACGCGCUGCAGGCCGUGAUUACGGACCACCAUCCGCGCGUCGUUCCAGCGGGCGUGAAUAGUGUGGACGAUUUGAAAACGGAGUGGAUGGACAUGUCCGUCGAGGACCGUAAGGAGGUUCUAGACGCGAUGCAAUUUGAGAAGCUGGAAACAGCGGUGCGUGCACAAGAUCCCAACCACUUUCCGCUGGGCGAGUUUGGUCCGGCGAACGAGCAGGACGUCACAAAACUGGCGAGCUCACUUGGGGACGGCGCGCCCCCGCUGGAGAAGGCAGAGCUCCCCCUCGACGCCACGGUGGCGGACGCCAUGGACAAAGAUCAUGACGGACUCAUCGAAGCCGGCGAAACGCUAGAUCAGCCCCCCGCCGCGAUCGUGAGCGAGGUGCUCCCCGACUGGGCGGGAAAAGGACUGACACACGACCACUUCACCGCAGACGAACAGCAGAUGCUGACGAAAACCCUGGACAAGCUGCAUCUUUCCGCAGCGGACUUGCACGACCCGGGCAAGCUCAAAGACGCACUGGGGCUCGACGCCAGUGCGAGCGACGAGGCCGCGCACAGGGCUUUCGUGGAGGCGACGCAAGCCACGUGGACAGCGCAGGUCGGCGGCGUCGACGGCAUUAUUUUUUCCAGGGACGAGUACGAGAAAAUCGGCGAUGGAAUAAAAUCGCUACGGAAUGCAAACAUGUAGUCUUGGUCUGGGAAUAAAUUGCCGGGCUUGAUGAUGUCAUGCUUGGCAAACAGGAGGGAAAGCAAAGGUCUGUCACGCGUGUAGCGAUACAGUGGCAGAGGCAGUGCUAUUGUUUGGCAGCCAAAUAAAACCUCACUCGUCAGGUGCCUUAGUUGCGCAAGACGUCGUCGCCAAAAAAAUUGUGAUGCGUGGCUCCGUAAGCGUAAACUUCGACCUUCGGCGCUUCAUAAAAUACCCAAACACUGCUUAGCCUUAGGGUUCGCAUAUAGCAUCACAAUUUUCACCCAGAACCAGAUGGCAUAUUUGCACUUGGUAGCCACCCCUGACGGCCGACGAAUGGCACGGAGACCCGAAGGUUUUUGCAUUGCAGACAGAUGAUGGUGAAUACAAAGAAGCACUGUCCUGGGGACGGAUGAAGAAAGUCGCAGGAAGGCAGCUCAUGCCUGUCCUUGGGAUGCCAAUCCCCUCAACACCUCCACCGCCCACAGCGGCCGAGGUGUUUACGCCUGAAGUGCAAGCUGCUUUCGCCGCGACGCAGGGCACUGGUGAGGCUGAUUCGCACACAGUGGCCAAGAUGAUGAGCUUCCUGACCCCCGGGGACCACGGCACGGACCUGUUUGACAAAACUUCUGCAGACCGGGCCCAGUGGCUGCACGAAUACUCGGAGAACUACGCGGCAGCGUUGCUGGAUAGCGCCGGGAAGGCAGGCGGGCAAGUAGACGACGAUCACGUUAAACUCACGGAUGACACGUUCGCGGCCGCAAUAAAUCUCGGAGACGGUCACCUGCCCGUUACUGCCGCGGAGUUCCCCGGGGGGGAGGAGUCCGGCGGGCUUUUUGACCAACUGGACACUGAUGAUGACGGGAAAAUUGAAGCGAGCGAACUGCCUGCCGUCGUAGCGCAUGAAGAUGAGGCGGAAACUGCUACUCCCGCAAACGACCCGGCAGGAGAUGAAGCUGGCUCCUCGUCAGGCUCGCGUGGAACUACUGGUGGUGACUCAACAACGGCUGCUCCGGAGCACCAGGCGGAUCCUGUUCCUGCCCCCGCGCCAGGCCCGGGAACCGGCGAUGGCUCUGCAAACGCGGGAUCAGAAGCGGGAACCGGUGACGGUGGCA